CGAGAAAACCCGAGAACAUGGAAACAAGACAACAAAAAUAAAUUUGUGGACAACAAGCCAGAGUGCAUGAUGGCGGCGUCGCUGCUGCGCCGGGACAAGAAAGCCACUGCCGCCCACUUGAAGGCAGACUUAAACCGGACUGACAAUAGCUCCGGAGUCCGGCAACUACAGGAGCUUCUUGACGUUGUACUGAAUCCCGAAAAACCAGCGGCGGACGCAGAAGCUCUUGACUGGUGUAAAUGUCUGAUUGCAGGAGGCGAAGGUUUCGAUGAGUUCUGUAAAACGGUGCGCUCCUAUGACAACGCGACUCUGUGCGGCUUGGUUUGGACGGCUAAUUUCGUGGCAUAUCGAUGCCGGACCUGUGGCAUCUCUCCGUGCAUGUCGUUGUGUGCUGAGUGCUUCAAUAACGGAGACCACACGGGCCAUGAUUUCAACAUGUUCCGGAGCCAGGCUGGUGGGGCCUGUGACUGUGGAGACAGUAAUGUCAUGCGAGAGAGUGGGUUUUGUCGAAGGCAUCGGUUGAGAACUGGGGAAAAUAUCCCCUCAAUUCCCAGAGACCUGCUCUUGAUGUCUGAGAUGGUUCUUCCCCGCUUUAUCCUAUGUAUCAUACAGUAUCUGAGAGAUGGAUAUGUUGAACCAGACACCUCAACUGAGAGAGAUCUACAGAAAGUCCUGCAACAGCUGGAGCCUCAGAUCUCCUUCCUGGAGGAGCUUACAAAGAUGGGAGGAGCAAUGAGGACUGUGCUGACAAAAAUCUUGACCAAUCAGCAGGCGUUCAAGGAGCUGAGCAUGGGCCAAGAGGAGAAUUUGUAUGCUAAGAAGAACUAUGACAAGUAUUUGUCAGCACUGAAGAAUUCAGGUCUGGUAUCAGUGGAGGAAAAAGGCCAGAGUGCUGCUGCUGAUGUUGCUGUUGGGGCUGAAGGAGGUGCAGGCGCGAUGGUCCUGUUAGGAAACAGCGGACCAGGGAGUCCAGACGAGCCAAGUAAAGAGGAGGAUCAAGAUGGAGGACAGUCUGUUGGUCAGAGGAAGAGGGUUAAGCUGAGUAGCAGUACCAAAGACCCUUGUAUUAUUGAAUCUCUGAAGCAUAAAUGCUUCCUGGAAGAGUUGCUGUUUUGGACAAUAAAAUACGAGUUUCCUCAGAAGAUGGUCACCUUCUUAUUAAACAUGUUGCCAGAUCAAGAUUACAAGAUCACCUUUACAAAAACAUUUGUCCAACAUUACGCUUUCAUCAUGAAAACACUGAUGAAAAGCCACGAGUCGGAUACGAUGUCCAACCGCAUCGUGCACAUUAGUGUGCAGCUGUUCAGCAACGAGGAGCUGGCUCGACAUGUCACAGAGGAGUGUCAGCUGCUGGACAUCAUGGUCACAGUCCUCCUCUACAUGAUGGAGAGUUGCCUUAUUAAAAGUGAACUUCAGGAUGAAGAGAACAAUCGGCAUGUUGUGGUGAACUGCAGUGAAGCACUGUUGAAGAACAACACCUACUGGCCCCUAGUUAGUGAUUUCAUUAACAUCCUCUCACACCAAAGUGUAGCGAAAAAGUUCCUGGAAGACCACUCAUUGUUGAUGCUGUGGAUGAGCUUUGUGUCGUUUUUCCAAGGUAUGAAUCUUAAUAAGCGGGAGUUGAAUGAACAUGUGGAAUUUGAGUCUCAGACGUACUAUGCAGCAUUCGCAGCAGAGCUUGAGGCCUGUGCACAACCAAUGUGGGGUCUCUUAACACACUGCAAAGUCAAAGAAACACAGGAAUACACUAAAACUGUGGUUCGAUACUGUCUGGAGACCUUGCAGAUCUGGUUUGAUGCCAUUGGCUUCAUAGAUGAGCCUGCUCCGAAUCAAGUGACAUUUCACCUGCCACUCCACCGCUACUACGCCAUGUUCCUCAGUAAGGCUGUAAAAUGCCAAGGACUGGAUCUGGACAGCCUCCUUCCUGACCAAGAGAUGCUGAUGAAGAUCAUGGUGCAUCCACUCCAGAUCCAGGCGUGCCUGUCAGAAAUCCACAGCAACAUGUGGGUGAGGAAUGGACUGCAGAUUAAGGGACAGGCUAUGACUUAUGUGCAGUCACACUUCUGCAACUCCAUGAUUGAUCCUGACAUCUAUCUGCUGCAGGUUUGUGCAUCAAGACUAGACCCUGACUACUUUAUCUCAAGUGUUUUUGAGAGGUUUAAAGUAGUCGACCUGUUGACCAUGGCGUCUCAGCAUCAGAAUGCCGUGUUGGACUCUGAGCAAGAGAGACCAAUGCUAGAAGGAGCACUUACCUUUCUGGUCAUACUAACAAGCCUUCGCAUUCAUUUGGGGAUGACCGAUGAUGAGAUCCUUCGGGCUGAAAUGGUCUCUCAGUUGUGCAUGAACGAUCGUACGCACAGCGCACUCUUAGACCUUAUUCCUGAAAAUCCCAACCCAAAGAGUGGCAUUGUACCCGGUAGCUGUAGUUUUGAGGAUAUGCUCUCUGCUGUAGCCGACUUCAAAGCACCUGUGUUUGAGCCUGGAGGAUCCAUGCAGCAGGGCAUGUACACACCCAAAGCCGAAGUGUGGGAGAAAGAGUUUGACCCCAUCAUGGUCGUUCUCAGAACAGUCUAUCGCCGUGAUGUCCAGUCCGCAAUGGACAGAUACGCAGCAUUUUUGAAACAGUUUGGGAUUCACACUGGCAACCCCUGGCCACCAUACAAGGAGAGGACUCCUCUGCACCCAUGUUACAAAGGUCUAAUAAGGCUGUUGCACUGCAAGACGCUGCACAUUGUGAUAUUCACUCUACUUUAUAAGAUCUGGAUGGAUCAUCAGAACAUGUCUGAACACGUGCUGUGCAUGGUGCUGUACCUGAUUGAACUGGGUUUGGACAACCAGAUUCAAGACAACAAGGAGGAUGAGGAGCCUUGCAUUGAGGAGCACUGUCAUGACAGCUGGUUCCCAGGCACCAAUCUCCUCUCCAAUCUGCACCAUGUCAUCAACUUUGUCAGGGUGCGGGUUCCUGAGACCGCUCCAGAGGUAAAGAGAGAGGCACCUCCCAGCACCAGCACCGAAGCUUCUUCUUAUGGCCAGAAUUCCAGGCGUCUUUCAGGAAAUUGGAGAGAGAACCUUCGCGAAGCUCAGGUGUUCAGUCUCGUGGCAGAACGUAGGAGGAAGUUCCAGGAGAUAAUCAACCGCAGCACCACCGAAGCCACGCAGGCUGUCAGGCCCAAGAGCUCCUCGACACGCUGGGUUCCGCCAGGCACGCCCCCGCAGCUGGUCACAGAGAUUCUGGAGAUCCGUGAAAGCAUGCUCUCCCUCCUCAUCAAGCUCCACCAGAAGAUGUCGUCUAAGCAGAACUCUCUGUCGGCAUCUUGGCUAGAGGACAUCAAGUCGAACCGCCUCGCUCACGGAGACGGCAUAACAGCCAUUGAACGUAUCCUCACCAAGGCAGCCACGCGCAGCUGCCAAAUCAAGCGUAGCAUCCAGGACAUUUGUGGAAAGGUGUGUCCACCAGUACCACCAAAGAAGAACAGUCCCACUGACAAGAAAGCCAUGGACAAAGAAGAAAGGCGUCAGAGGGCUAGAGAGAGACAGCAGAAACUGCUCGCUGAAUUUGCCUCCAGGCAGAAGAGUUUCAUGGAAACAGCCAUGGAUGUCGAAUCCCCUGACAUAGAAGCAGCCAUGGACUUAGGAGCAUCUGAAGUGAUGGAGUCCGAGAUCCUUUAUGACUGCGUCAUCUGUGGCCAGAGUGGACCUUCCACUGAGGACCGACCCACUGGCCUAGUAGUUCUCCUCCAAGCCUCUUCAGUGCUCGGGCAUCGCUGCAAAAGCACGGAGCCUAAAAAUCUGCCGACGAGCGACGAGGAGCACGUUUACCCAGCAGACACGUGCGGCGCGGCUAAUGAUGUCAGGCUCACACUCAUGCAACGGUUCUUCAAAGAUAGUUCUUGUCUGCAGUCAGUGUCAAUAGGUUGGGAUGGUGGCGUCUAUGUCCAGACCUGUGGACACACUUUGCAUAUAGAUUGCCAUAAGUCCUACAUGGAGUCUCUGAGGAAUGACCAGGUCCUCCAGGGUUUCUCCGUUGACAAGGGUGAGUUUACAUGCCCGCUGUGUCGACAGUUUGCCAAUAGUGUCCUCCCCUGUCGCCCUGGGAGGGGCACAGAAGCCGGUACCUGGCACACACCCACAAACAAGAAGACGUCUGUGCUCGUAAAAGAGGUGGAAGAACUUCAGGAGAAACCUGGCCUGUUCCCAACGGAGUCUAAUUUGAGUAAAGAGAUGGAGUUAGUAAUCAAAGACAUCAAGAACACCACCCAGAAGAAGUACAUGGACUAUGGCAGGAACCCUGGCUCCCCUGACAAUGAUUUCCUCUUCAUGUAUUCAGUGGCAAGGACAAACCUGGAGUUGGAACUUGUGCAUCGAGGAGGAAACUUGUGUUCUGGAGGAGCCAGUGCAGCUGCCAAGCGCUCAUGUCUCAAUCAGCUGUUUCACGUGUUGGCCAUGCACAUGCGUCUGUACAGCAUCGAUUCAGCCUACAACCCCUGGACGAAGUUGACUCAGAUUGUACAAAUUAAAGAGGCAGAUUCCUUUGAUGAAGAGAGGCCUGAGGUACCCAUGCUGUUUCGAGACGUCCCGUCGCUCCUGAUUAUCUUUGUGCUAACGAUGCCCCAGCCUCUGCGUAAAGAGCACUUUACCUGUGUGGUGAAGAUGUUGUACAACCUGCAGUUCACUCAGGCUCUGGCUGCACUGUCAACAAAGUUCAGCUCAGAGGAAAGGCAGGCCUGGAGCACAUCUGGAGCACUCAAGAAGAACGCUGCAAAUUCUGAUAAGUCUUUUGAAGCACUGCUCAGUCAUGUUAUCAGUGAGCUCUCGAAGGACAAGAGUGUCUACAAGGUGAACUCUGAAGAAGCAACAAUGCUGAGCUCCAGUGUGUGGUCCCCGCAGUCUAUCGAGUUCAGCCUGCAGCAGUUCUGCCUGCCCUUCCUGCGCCUCUCCUGCCUUUUGCAGCACCACCUGUAUGGAGACAACCUAACCGGCUGCUUGGAGGAAGAGGAGUUUGCAUCCUUGGCUGUGUGUUUAGGGCUUUUGCCCUCCGCCCCUCAGCCUGCCAACACCGUGCAAAGUGCCUCGUGUCUGGAGUGGCCAGUCAACACCUUUGACUUGGUGACGCAGUGGGGCGCUGAGGUCAAAGGGCUCUCUCAGAUACAUGCUGAGGAGUCACUGACCUUGCUGGUCCAUGAUCCUCAGUGGGCAGCGCCCCGCCUCCUGCAGCUGCCUGACAACUACAAUAUCAUCUUCCAGUACUAUCACAGAAAGGCCUGCUCUGCCUGCAAAAAGGUGCCAAAAGACCCCGCGCUCUGCCUUGUUUGCGGCGCUUUCGUCUGUCUCAAAGGCGUGUGCUGCAAGCAGCAGGGUAUCUGUGAAUGUGUUUUGCACUCCCAACAUUGUGGCGCUGCGACAGGCAUCUUUCUACUGAUAAAUGCUUCAGUCAUCAUCAUCAUCCGUGGACAUCGUUUCUGUCUGUGGGGCUCUGUUUACCUUGAUGCACACGGAGAGGAAGAUCGGGAUUUACGUCGUGGCAAGCCUCUCUACUUAUGUGAGGAGCGGUAUCGAGUGUUGGAGCAACAGUGGGUUUCACACACCUUUGAUCACAUCAAUAAGCGUUGGGGGCCUCAUUAUAAUGGACUCUAAGAUCUUCCAAAGUCCACUGAAAAACCACAUCCCAUGAUGGAGAAGAUUUUUUUUUUAGGUUUUUCUUUUUUUAGGGAUUUUGUUUUCCUUCUGGCUUAUGUGUCUGCCUUGAUCAAAAUAAUUGGAAACUCUUGCUGUGAUAAACACAAACAUCCAGCGAGGGCUAUUUCUGCCACAGCCUUGGUUUAUGUGAAGUUUGGUGUACAGUCAUGCCUAAAGAUUUAACACGUGUGUGUGUUCAAGUGAUUUAUUGUGUGGUUUUUCUACAGGGAAAAACAGAAUUUGGUGAGAUUAAAGUAAAAAAGUAAAAAAACAACAAAGAAAAAGCGAGGGAGGGGGGGG